AUGAGCCACGGGCCGAGCCCCCGGCUGGCCGAGUCCCCGCAGCUGUCCAAGGGCAGCCUGCUGACCAUUCUGGGCAGCCCGUCCCCGGAGCGCAUGGGGCCGGCGGCGGACUCGCUGCCGCCCACGCCGCCCAGCGGCACCCCGUCCCCCGGGCCGUCCCCCGCGCUGUCCCUGCCGCUGCCGCCGGCGCCCGCGCUGCUGGCCGCCGACGGGGACUGGGAGGGCCGCGAGGAGCUGCGGCUGCGGGAGCUGGAGGAGGCGCGGGCGCGGGCGGCGCAGAUGGAGAAGACCAUGCGCUGGUGGUCCGACUGCACCGCCAACUGGCGCGAGAAGUGGAGCAAGGUGCGCGCCGAGCGCAACCGCGCGCGCGAGGAGGUGCGCCAGCUGCGCCAGCGCCUGGACGCGCUCACCAAGGAGCUGGCGGGCGCGCGCCGGGAGCGCCAGGAGGCGCAGGGCGAGUGCGAGGCGCGCGGCCGCGAGCUGGCGCGGCUGCGGGGCGCCCGGGGGGCCGCCGCCGACCCGACGGCGCCCCCCGACGGACCCGGGACGGAGCCCGAGCGGGAGCACGAGCCGCCGGUGCGCGACGUCGGGUCCGAGAGGCCCCAGAGCAGCCAGGAGCUGGAGCUGGCGGAGAGCCUGCUGAAGAGCAGAGCAGAGGAGCCCGAGGGCUGCUGGGAGACACGCAGUGCGGGGACCGGGGGCCCGCGGGGCAGCUCGGGCCGCCAGGAGCGCAGCCGCCUGCCCUGGGAGGACACAGGGGCCAUGGAGGAGGAGGCCUCCAAGUUGACGGCCCUCCGCCUGCGGCUGGAUGAGUCCCAGAAGGUGCUGCUCAAGGAACGAGAGGAUAAGCUGGCACUGAGCAGGAACAUUGAGAAGCUGGAGGGGGAACUCAGCCAGUGGAAGAUAAAGUAUGAGGAGCUGAGCAAGACCAAGCAGGAGAUGCUCAAGCAACUCAGCAUCCUGAAGGAGGCGCACCAGGACGAGCUGGGCCGCAUGUCUGAGGACCUGGAGGACGAGCUGGGGGCGAGGUCCAGCAUGGACAGGAAGAUGGCUGAGCUGAGGGGCGAGAUGGAGCGGCUGCAGGCGGAGAACGCGGCCGAGUGGGGCCGCCGGGAGCGGCUGGAGACGGAGAAGCUGGGCCUGGAGCGGGAGAACAAGAAGCUGCGGGCGCAGGUCGGGGACCUGGAGGACGCCCUGGCCCGCCGGCGGCGGCAGACGGCCAGCGCCCUGGACUGCGACCUGCGGGCCAGCCAGGCUGCGCUCUUCGAGAAGAACAAGGAGCUGGCAGACCUGAAGCACGUGCACUGCAAGCUGAAGAAACAGUUCCAGGAGAAGGUGGCCGAGCUGGCCCAUGCCAACCGGCGGGUGGAGCAGCACGAGGCGGAGGUGAAGAAGCUGCGGCUGAGGGUGGAGGAGCUCAAGAAGGAGCUGGCCCAGGCUGAGGAUGAGCUGGACGAGGCCCACAACCAGGCGCGGAAGCUGCAGCGGUCGCUGGACGAGCAGACGGAGCAGAGCGAGAAUCUGCAGGUGCAGCUAGAGCAUGUGCAGUCCAGGCUCCGCCGGCAGCAGCAGAACGCCCCCCUCUUCGGGAAGAUCCGCAGCAGCGCCCGCUUUGGCCCCGAGGAGGCCGGGGACGGAGCCAGCGACCUGGACGAGGACGAGGACCUGCAGAUCCAGGUGGCCUAG